AGUGUUCAUUGCGUAGUCCACAGCAUGUGUGACGUAGCGCGCAUGUUUCUCCACGACAGUGACUGUUGUUGUUUUACAGGCGCUCUGUGAUUUGAACAGGUACAGGAUGCUUCGUCUACGUUGCAAGGCCAAAAAUGGUACCCAUCUAAUGCAGGGGCUUACACACCAGUCCUGUGUUCAGGAGCUUAAAGACAAGAUCGAGGAGUUAACAGGAAUACCUUGCGAUGUACAGAAGAUCAUGGUGGGCUAUCCACCGUCCAGUCUGGAUCUACGCAACAGUGAAGCCCACCUUAAAGACUAUCCUAUCAAAUCAGGAGACACGCUCAUUGUAGAAGAGGAGAAGAACAAACCAAAACCUCAAACACAAAGCACUGUUACCAAAAUGCCCAGUCUCGUCUUGUCCCCAGUGCUCCAACGCCGUGUCGUCCCCGCCGACAACUCCUGUUUGUUUACUAGUGUGCACUUUGUUAUGGAAGGGGGCGUAUACGAUCCAGCGUGUGCCCCUGAAAUGCGAGGCCUCAUUGCACAAAUCGUAGCCAGUGACCCUACCGCAUACUCGGAGGCAGUACUGGGCAAGACGAACGAGGAUUAUUGCGCCUGGAUUCGUCGCGAUGACACCUGGGGGGGUGCCAUUGAGGUUUCUAUCCUUUCAAAGUUUUACCAGUGUGAGAUCUGUGUGGUUGACACUCAGACAGUGCGUGUUGAUCGCUUCGGCGAGGAUGCGGGUUACAGCAAGCGUGUGCUGCUCAUUUAUGACGGCAUUCAUUACGAUCCGCUCCAAAAGGUGGUUCUCGAUUCAGACGUCCCCCCUCAGACUGUGUUCUCCGCCACGGACGACAUAAUUCUGGCCGAGGCGCUGGAGUUGGCAGACGAGGCGCGGAGGAAACGACAGUUUACGGACGUCAACCGAUUCUCGCUGCGCUGCAUGGUUUGCCAGACCGGCCUGGUGGGGCAGAAGGAAGCGAGGGAGCACGCCAAGGAGACCGGACACACCAAUUUUGGAGAGGUGUGAAACACUCUCUGCUUGUUUUUGAAAUCGCCUCCAGUUUUGCCGCUCCACUGCCAUGCCACCUGACCUGGUACUUGCUGUUUCACUGCUGUCUGUUCCAGUUUGGUACAAUGCUCUACCUCACAUCGUCUGUUGGAAUUCCCCCGAAAAUUCAGUAUUAUUUCAACUUAGGUUUACUUUUGAAGUUGAAGUGUUACAUUGUGUGAUUAAAUCUCACGUAAGGGUGAAUUUUAAUUGCCACUGAUGGGUAUUCUGUUCGUUUUAUUGAUUUCAACUGAAGUAUUAGAGUGAGGAUGUCUAACAAGAACAUGGCCAGGUAGUAUUUCACACCAAAAAUCAAAAGAAUGAAAGAAAAUAAAGCUAUUUAAAGCCAAGGAUAUUUUAGAAAAUUUUCUGACAACUGAGGAACCUCCCACACCCCUGUGUAUGCUUAUUUAAUUUAAAAAGUAAUUGUAUUCCAGUAAGUCGGUUAAGUAAAACACAGCAUUACAGAAACUAGCUAAAUCUAAAAAAUAUUAUAAUGCAAAAUAUUGUAAUUAUAUUUAGUAUAUUUUUUGUGGGGGGUGAAAUGUGAAUGGUUCUUGUGAGAUUCACCUAUUUUAUGUAGUUUUUGGCCUAAAGAUGUCCUUAAAAGUCAAUAACAACGGCUUGACAAUGCUGGUAAAAUCCUGGCUUCUCCUGUAGUACUUAAAGCUUGUAAAACGUUAAAUCUGUGACAGUGAAAGGUGCAUUAUCUGCUCAUUUCAAUGAAUCAUGUAUGUCAUUCUAACUUUAAACAUGACUUAAGUUAUAGAUAUUAAGAGUUGUUUUAUAUGUGGCAAGAAAAGCCUUUCAUUAUCUGUAAUUUAAGAAUGGCAUUAUUGUAUUUAUAUCAUCCAAGUCAUAUCGCACAGCUUCGAUACAGUUGAUGGCACUACUUAAAGUCUUAAAUUCACUGGCUUUGUUGUACCUGUUACUUGAAAUAUUCAAACUGAUCAAAUGUAAGUAUCACCUUUGUGCAUUUGUAAAUCCUCUGCGGUUUUUACACAUCUUCAGUGAGCUAGUUAGGUUUCAAAAGUGUGGAUUUUAUAUUGAAGUGAACAACAAUGGUGCUGACAGUAGUAUCUCACUGAAAUUCAUAGUGAAUAUUAUGUAGAUUUAGGUGUAAUUUCUGCAAAGGAUUAUUUUAUGCAAAUGUGUUCAAGUGGCUAUGAAAUGUGGUAAGGAAGUGACUUGUUUUACAUUUUAUCUGAAGAAAUGUCUCGCGUUGGACUUUUUUUCAAAUCUGUGUGAAACAACCAUUUUUGGGGCAGUUUUGGAGGUUUUGAAUUGAAUUCAGUGUAGCAUAGUGUUAGUGUGUGGAUAAACUUUUAAUGGAUUUGAAAGAUUUACAUUUAAACUUAUGGAUUUACGUUCUCACUGUAUUAUUUUCCUUACAACUGUGUACUGGUUUUAAGCUAAAUUUGUUUUUAUUUUUCUUGAGAAUUGGUGCCAUCGUGCAGCCAAAGGACUUGUUUUCCCUGGCGAUUUUUGUAAAUGGCCAUGAAAAGUGUUUUAAUGACACUAAAAUGUGACACUAAGGUAACUGAGUGAGAAACUGCAUGUCCAGCACUCAUUGCAACCAAAUCGCUGGUUUUACUGGGUUAAUGAUAAAUAAACUUGAAUUGAUAUA